AUGACUCGCUACACGAGUCCAGUCAAUCCGUCGGUGUACCCUCAUCUUGCCGUCACUCUGCUCGGCAUUGGGCUCUUCUUCAUGGCCUGGUUCUUUGUGUAUCCUCUGGUGACCAGUACUAAGUUCUCCAGAGAUUUGUUCAAGGAGCUGCUGGUCUCCCUUUGGUCUGCCAUCUUCCUCGGCUUCGGGGUCCUCUUCCUCAUGCUCUGGGUCGGAAUUUAUGUAUGA